CAUCAUCCAGCAGACACGUCGCCGUCUCUCCCCUAAAGCUCGGACGCUGUCGGUCACACUCACACUCGUGACUCGCCUUUCCUGUCUCCCUCUCAAGCUCCUCUGCUCUGCAGUCCGCUCCGCGCUGGAGCAUGGGUUCGAGCCCGAUGACGUGGUCGGCGUCGCCGCCGUCGCCGUGGGGCCGCGGCGCGGGGAAAUGGUGGGCGCUGGGAGGGCCAUUGGCCGUGAAGGCCGUCGGGUUCCUGCUCCUCGCCGGCCUCUUGUUCCGGGUGCUCUGCUCCUUCCCGCCCUCGCCGGCGCCGGCGCUGCAGGUCAGCAAAGGAAAAUGUAAUCUUUUCAAUGGGGAAUGGAUACCGAACCCAUCUGGCCCAGCCUAUACAAAUGCAAGCUGUCGGUUUAUUGACAGUCACCAGAACUGUAUGAUGAAUGGUAGACCUGACAAGGGAUAUCUACAUUGGAAGUGGAAACCUUAUGGAUGUGAUCUUCCACCAUUUGAUGCAGUCAGAUUUCUAGAUUCUAUGAGAAACAAAGCUUGGGGACUAAUUGGUGAUUCCAUUCUUCGCAACCAAGUUCAGUCAUUGCUCUGCCUUCUGUCUAAGGCUGAAGAACCUGUCGAGGUUUACCAUGAUAAGGAAUUCAAGAACAGGAGAUGGCACUUCCAAUCCUACAACUUCACAGUGUCGAUUGUUUGGGCUCCUUUCCUCAUCAGAUCUGAUGUUUUUGAGAAUGAGAAUGGCGAAUCUACCUCUGAAAUCCAGCUCCACCUUGACAUACUUGAUGCUAGCUGGACGAGUCAGUAUGAGAGUUUUGACUAUGUUAUUAUUUCCGGCGGACAAUGGUUUCUUAGGACAGCAGUCUACUGGGAGAAUGGUGCAGUGGUGGGCUGUCAUUAUUGUCAAAACAAGAACCUGGUUGAACUUGGCUUUGAGCACCUGUAUCGUAAAACUCUCCAAAAGGUUUUCAGCUUCAUCACCUCAGCAAAACACAAGCCAGUUAUAUUCUUCAGGACCUGGUCGCCUGAUCACUUCGAGAAUGGUGAGUGGUUCAAUGGAGGAUCUUGUAAUAGGGUGACACCCUUCAAGAAGGGAGAGUACCAGGAGGGGUACAACGAACGCGUCAUGAGGGCAAUCGAACUUGAAGAGUUUAACAAGGCUGCAGCUGCAUUGAGGGGUUCUGUAGAUGUGGAGAGAAUGGAGCUCAUGGAUACUUACAGCCUCUCAUUCUUGAGACCAGACGGCCACGUUGGGCCUUACCGAACACCCUAUCCGUUUGCAAAGGACAGCAAGGACGCUGCAUCCAUUCAGAAUGAUUGCUUGCACUGGUGUGUACCGGGACCUAUUGAUGCGUGGAAUGAUCUCGUUAUGAAGAUGGUACUGGAUCAAUGAACACUAGAGUUAGAUGGUGUUCUCUUCGGUCAUAAUACCACAUAGUAGAGUUCAGUAACUGGAUGUGGAAUCAGUUCCCGCCGGCAGUAGUACUUCACAGCAGCAAAGUGGGGAGGACAAGGCAGUAAAUUGCUUAUAAUGGUACAAGUAUGUACCUUUGGUUUAAAGGUACUGGUUUAUUUGUAGCAACAAAUAGCUAGCAAGUUGCUAGCCCUGUAUAUGCUUAAUUGCAAUUUGCGGAUGUGUAUUUUGUUUCCAAGCUGUAAACUGAGCUUCUGAUGCCAGUUAUUUGCAGUGGCCUUAUAGAAGUAAUCCUGGUAUAACUGGUUGCGCUUCGAUGC